CCCGCUAGGCUGUCCUCCCUCUCUCCCUUCUAACUCUCUCAAAGACUAUACACUGAGAAUUGGUGUAGAGAAGAGAGAUUCCUCUCUCUCUUCUUUCUAACUCUCCCAAAGACCAUACACAGAGAAUUAGUGUAUAACCGAGACAAUGUCUAUCUGCUUCGAGAAAUGCAGCAGAAUCCGCCACAUCGUCAGGCUCCGACAAAUGCUGCGCCGCUGGCGCACCAAAGCAGCGUGCGCCGCACGCAUCUCAGCCGCAGGUAACGCCUCCUCCAACCUAAUCCCAUCCGACGUACCCGCGGGACACGUGGCUGUCUGCGUGGGCACCAAUUCGAGGAGGUUCGUGGUCCGCGCGAGCUACCUAAAUCACCCCGUCUUCAAAAAGCUCCUCAUCCAAGCCGAGGAGGAGUACGGUUUCAGCAACCACGGCCCACUCGCGAUUCCCUGCGACGAGUCCGUGUUCGAAGAGAUCCUCCGAUUCCUGACUCGAACCGAUUCCGGCCGUUCCGCCACGCUCGAGGACUUCAAGAGAUGCUCGAGGAAUCUCGACUUCUGGCCCGAGUCUCGGCCCCUGCUCCGUGGAAUAUCUGAGAAAUCGGUCUGGUGAGUCAUGACUCGUCUGACUCAACUGGGACGAGUCGGGACUACUCGGUCCUCUCUUUCGGGGAAUUCGGUCCUACCCAAGUCUUAGAAUCGAGAAUGAUACUCGUUUGGCAAUUAAGAAUGAAAGACUCGUUAGACUCAUUUGAGUCGACUCGGACGAGUUUACUGAGUCCGGCGAAAAUGAUUAUUUUUUCAUCACCCAUUGAGAAGAAAAGGUAGCUGGGGUUGUUUUUCUUCCUUUUUUCUGUCUAUUAUUAUUAAUUUUCUAUUUUGGGUGGGCCCCCAUUUUCGCUCCGGAAGGAUAUUUGUGGAGAUGGCAAUGAGGAUAUUUGACCGAGUCGUCCCGAGUUCGGAUCGGAGGAAGAAAUAAAUAGAAGAAAACUAACGAGUUGACUCGUCAACGGAUGAGUUGACUCGCUCUCUCGCUCCCUCUCUCUCUCUCUCGCUCUCUCUCUCUAUUUUGUAAAUGCUGUAAUAUUCAUUGAUUAAUGAAUUUGAGUACUAAAGUACAUUUGAAGAA